AUAGAAUUAAUAGAAUUACUUACCUCAAUUAUGCAGUGAAGUUGAGAAUUAAUUAAAUUUUCAUAAAACCAUUUAAUUAUAUCUAUAUAAUAUAUUCACUGAAAAUUUAAGGAUCCCGUAUAAAAAGUUCGAAAGAAAAACAGAACAUCUCUUCAAAUCCACUAUGGCAAACUGGUUGGGUAUUUUCGAUUAUGUAGUGAUAGCCAUCAUGUUGUCCGUCUCUGCGCUAAUUGGCGUAUAUUUUCGUUUUUCUGGUGGUAGACAGAAAACGACGGAUGAAUUUUUAAUGGGCAGCCGGGCGAUGGGCAUUGGUCCUGUAGCUUUUUCCGUCAUGGCCACCUGUUUGUCAUCCGUUUCUGUGCUGGGGAUACCUGCAGAAACAUAUCUUUAUGGAACUGAAAUACUUUUGUCCAUCGUGGGUAUUCCAAUAGGAGGAUUUAUAGCAGUCUAUGGAUUUCUUCCAGUGUUUUACGACAUGAAAGUAGCAACAUCAUAUGAGUAUUUAGAAAGAAGGUUUGGUAAAACAACUCGGACUUUGACAGCUGUUCUUUUCACUUUGCAAAUGAUUCUGUACAUGGGGGUUGUACUUUACGCACCAUCGCUGGCACUGAACGCUGUUACUGGUUUAUCCACAUGGACUUCCGUCCUAUCGCUAGCAGCUGUUUGCAUGUUUUAUAGCUCACAAGGAGGUCUGAAAGCAGUUCUAUGGACCAUCGUCUUCCAAGCCCUUCUUAUGUACACAGCCAUGAUCGCUGUCAUUGUUAAAAUAUCAAUGAUGAAAGGUUUCAAGGAGACUUUCAGUAUUUCUAAUGAAGGAGGUCGUCUUAUUUUCUUUGACUUGUCUGGUGAUGUGACAAAACGCUACACAUUUUGGAAUGCCAUCGCAAAUGGAAUUGUUUAUUACUUGGCUACUUUUGGUACAAACCAGUCACAGAUUCAGAGGUUUUUGAGUAUCGGAAAUUUACAUAAAGCACAAAUAGCAUUACUUUUGAGCCUUCCACUCAUGUUACUUUUCCGCAUAUUUACGGUUUGGGAUGGAAUAGCUGUUUUUGCCUUAUUUCAUGAUUGUGAUCCGAUGGAAGACGAGAAUGUAAAGCUCAGCUCACCCGAUCAAAUAUUCCCUUUUGCUAUACUAAAAAUGUUUGGCAGCAUUCCGGGUUUAACUGGUCUGUGCAUUGCUGGAAUAUUCAGCGCGUCUCUUGGAACUUUAUCUUCAACUGUCAAUUCAUUGGCUGGUAUCACCGUCGAGGAUUUCAUUAAACCUUACUGCCCUUGUAAGAUUACUGACAUUUGGAUGACUUUUGCUGCUAAACUUCUAGCUGUGGGAUACAUCGGCCUCACUUUGCUGGUAACUUUCAUCGUAGCUAAUUUCCGAGGAGUUGUUGAAGCAGCCACUAUUAUCACUGGCGUUGUAGGAGGUCCGAUUCUAGGUGUUUAUGCAUUAGGAAUGUUCAGCUUGACAGCAAACGAACCUGGUACUCUGGUUGGCUUCAUAACAGGUGUCAUUAUAUAUUUAUGGAUGGGAUUUGGCUCUUAUGUGGCGAAAGCUAAAAUCCCGACUUUAUCACGAAGUACUUCAGGAUGUUCUACAAAUUCAAGCAUAGAAUUUUUCCAAGUCACGACACCAUCAACUCUUUUAGAAAACAUCACACAUUCUCUUCCUUUUAUAGAAGAUGAAAAAUACGUCUUUCCAGUAUAUAAGUGGUCAUACAUGUGGUUAACUUUUUUUUCCCUCAUCAUAGUAAUAAUUGUUGGUUAUCUAGCCAGCUAUGUUCUUAGUUAUUUGAUUUCUCUACCUGACGUCAAACCCGAGUACAUGAGUCCAUUUGUCCGAAAUCUCUACUUUAAGCCUAAGGAAAAUGCCAAGAAAUCGAAAUGUAACGAGGUGGAGUUGAAUGAAAAGAAAGGCAAUGUAAAUCCUUCAUAUACGAUUACUGAUGAAACAUAAAUUACUGUUAAGAACCUGAAGGAAGAUCUUUAUUCAUUGUGAUUUCAAUAUUUAUUGAAACCAAGUCUCCAAAAAGCAAUCUCAGAUUGGAAGAUAUUAUCUUCAUAAUCAUCGGUGAAGAUAAUAAGAAAUACAAGCAUCGGGGACAAGAAACUACAGAAUCUGCGCAAGUGCUUGCAGUAUUUGCAUUCAAGGCUGGCACAGAAACUUGUA